CAGACACUUCCUUUUCCUUGCUAAAUGUUAACUUAAUUGUUUAUCAUGCACAGACAGGAGGUAGAUGGUAUCAGUCUUCAGCAGACACCGCAAAGCAAGGUUCUCUCAGCAUGACGUGCAUUGAAGGAUGGACGUCUUGCAAUGGAUUCUUCCUAUUAAUACUGUCUAUGUUGGCCAUAGCGUUCAACUUGACGCCAUUAAUUGCCGACUAUGUGGAGGACCAGAGACUUCUGUAUAGCCCCAUCUCAUGCUAUGAGUGGUGGCUCCCCGGAAUGGUUGGAGGCGGUUUGUUAGUUCUGCCAGGUGUGGCCAUGUCAUUGGCCGCAAGGAGGAAAGGAAGCUGUAAUUCCAGGUGUGGGAUGCUAACCUCCGCCGUAUUGAGUCUUCUAGUUAUUCUCGGGGCAGCAUACUGCACCAUCAUCUCCCUUUUCGCCAUUGACCGAGGUCCUCUCAUCUGUGACACGGGAACCCAUGACGUGAACAACUGCGAUUACACAUUGGGCAACUUCAGCUCCUUUGAAAAUAUCAGGUUUGACCUGUCUUGGUUCCAGAACACCACCUGUCUUGAGACUAAUAACCCUGAUGACUUGAGCAAUGGAAUCAUGAGAGAGAGAUUGCUGGAUCUUGAAAUAGAUGAGAAUACACAGAAGAUCAUCCACAUUGUUGUGUUUGUGGCACUGGCCAUCAUUGGCUUGUUAGAGGCUCUUGUAGGGAUCUUUCAAAUAGUAGCCGGAGUGUUUGGGUUCAUUUGCGGAACCUCAAAAAGAAGAGAUGAUGAUGAUGAUGACUAGAACGCAGACAACAUAGUACGACAUUACACAGGCACAAUUGCCAGGAGAUAUUUCUAUUAGAAAAAAUAACCAUUACAUUUUAAGCCCUUUAUCUGUUUUAAUCUAAUUUAAAGCAGCCCUUCUCGAAACUAGCCUCCAUGACCUGACAUCCAUUCUAGUUUUACCUAUAUCUCAAUGGGACAGUUGUGCAAACUAUAAAUCCUCUGUUAUUUGCAGACAUCAAAGACUGAUAUGAAAACCACUGGCCUAGAAUAAACUAAAUUUAACAGGGAACUCUGAUUUAGAUUGAACUGAUAUCAUGUAUUUAAAAAAAUAAAUGUCCUUUGUUUGCAGCAGGUCCUCAGAAUGUGCUUCUUCUGUAGUGAUGUCUACAGAGAAAGGAAAUGGCAAAGAUAUAUUAGCUAAUCCUAAUUCUUCCAUAGCUUUCAAAUUAAAGGAACACUAUAGUCACCAAAACAACUUUACCUCUAAUGAAGCAGUGUUGGUGUAUAGAUCAAGCCCCUGCAGUCACACUGCUGAGUUCCCUGACAUUUAGGCGUUAAAUCACUUUGUAUUUGCAGCACUAGGCACAGCUCCCUGCAUGUGACUUACACAGCCUUUCUAAUCACUUAAUGUAAAGUAAGAUCUAAUAUUCACACAUAUUUCUUGCACAGUCUGUUUAAUUUAGAAUUUCCUGUCUCCUG